CCCUCGUGCGGUACGGUCGCACCGGGCGGCGGUGAAAGCAAUUGUUAUAGAUAAAAUGUACUAAAAUGUAACAAAUGUCUCGGUUGGCAUAAUAUGAUAAAACGAUGACGGGUCGAUGCUGUAUAUAUUUGAGUAUAAAUGUUUUUAUUUGGCUGAAAGGCACAGCUCCGGGCGGCAUUUAACGACAGGAAUUUAAAAAUAAUUUUGAAGAAAUUUGAUUAGACAUGACGGAUAGAGUAAUAAAAAGGCAUAUAAAUGGCCAAACAAAAGAGAAAGCCGAAAAGGGCGAAGUAGACGAUGGUCCCAAAUAUUGGGAUCCCCUGACCGACGGCGUCAAAUGGAUAGAGAAAUAUGCUGAGCCCCUGGAGGAGUUCUUCAAGAGGCUGCCAGAAUUUAUCAGCACUUUCAUUGCUACACUCGCUGUGUUCACAUUCGGCGCUACUUUAAGAGGAGAAUGGGUGGUAAUCUUAGUGACUGCCCUGAAGCAGAUCACAGGACACACACAGAGCGAGCGUAACAUGACUACAGAAGAAAUAUUUAACUUGUUCACUUCACAAAACCUCAAGAUGGAACAUUUUGGAAUCAUAUUUAUAUUUGCCCACGUCGUGUCCCUCUCCAUGUACUUUUUGUUAGGAGGAUUUCUUCAUUGGUACUUCUACAUGCAGAGGAAGCACCUGGCUCACGAGUGGAAGAUCCAGCCCAACAAGUGGCUGAGCCCGGAGCUGGAGCGGCACGAGAUCAUGGUGGGCACCUUCUCCUUGCUCAUCGUCGGCUCCUUCUCCGCCUUCCUCGCCUGCUACAUCUACAACGGGAACCCCUCCACCGUCUACUACCAGUUCGAAGAGUACGGCUGGCUGUGGUUUUUCUUGCAGUUUCCAGUCAUCUUUAUCUAUAUGGACUACACGACGUACAUCUUGCACCGGAUGUACCACACGCCGUGGCUGUACAAGCACUUCCACAAGCUGCACCACAAGUACAAGCAGCCGACAGCAUUCUCCGUCACUGCUAUACAUCCCUUCGAGAUCAUGCACGUGCAGCUCACCUCCUGUCUACCGCUCUUCACCUUCCCCGUGCAUUGGAUGCCGUUCUACCUGGUGGCGCUGUACAACUACUACCACGGCAUCAUUGAUCACUCGGGUAUCAACUUCAAGUCGCAGUGGUGGCAGCCCUGGCAGCCGGACGCAGAGUUUCACGACCAACACCACCAGUUCUUCCACUGCAACUUCGGAUUCAAUAUGUCCUUUUGGGAUAAGCUCCACGGUACAAUGAGGAAAACAACCCACGUGUACACUGAAGAGACGUUCCACGGCGAGGCACCGGCCGCAGACACAGCGGAGGGCCGCGCCAUCGCUGUCGCUGACCCCGACGCUCAGAGCCAGCUGCAACAAUGCAAAACAAGCCUCAACGCCAGUUAAAUACAACAGUGUUUUUAUAGGAGUUAAGGAUAAAGGAAAGAAAAUUUGUAGUCUCUUGUAAUAAAUCGAAAAAUUAUACUGUGAUGGAUGAACCAUUGAUGUGAUGCGUAUUUAAUACUUUAAGGACCUGAUUCUUAAUGUCCAUGUAUGUAUUGAAUAAGCUAUGUAUUAUACUUAGAACUUAUUUGUCAAAUAAAGUCAUCUUUGGCGUUUCGCAAUGUCACAAUAAGCUGCGAAAUGCAAACAAUUUGAACUGGAGGUAUUAAUCAGUUAAUUUAUUUCUUAGUUAUCAAGCUUACUAGGACAUUAUGAAACAGGCCCUGAAUAUAGUAUAAUUGUUAGAUCUAAUAAAUGUAAAUAAAUGUUGACUGAAUAUCUAA